AGGAGCUGAGCGCCCGCCAUGAGCGUCGCCCCGGCCGCCCCCGGGCUCCGGCUGCUCCCGCUGCUGCUCCUGCUGGGACCACGGCUCCAGGCUUCGGGGGUCGCCGAGUCGCCUCUGCCCACUGUGGUCCUUGCCAUCCUGGCCCGCAAUGCCGAGCACUCGCUGCCCCACUACCUGGGCGCGCUGGAGCGGCUGGACUACCCCCGGGCCAGGCUGGCCCUCUGGUGUGCCACUGACCACAACGUGGACAACACCACGGGCAUGCUGCAGGAGUGGCUGGCGGCUGUGGGCGGUGACUAUGCAGCUGUGGUCUGGAGGCCCGAGGGGGAGGCCAGGCUCUACCCAGAGGAAGAGGGUCCUAAGCACUGGACCAAAGAGAGGCACCAGUUUCUGAUGGAGUUGAAGCAGGAGGCCCUGACCUUUGCCAGGGACUGGGGGGCUGACUACAUCCUGUUUGCAGACACGGACAACAUCCUGACUAACAACCAGACACUGCGGUUUCUGAUAGAGCAGGGGCUACCGGUGGUGGCCCCCAUGCUGGACUCCCAGACCUACUACUCCAACUUCUGGUGUGGCAUCACCCCCCAGGGCUACUACCGCCGCACCCCCGAGUACUUCCCCACCAAGAACCGCCAGCGCCGGGGCUGUUUCCGGGUUCCCAUGGUCCACUCCACCUUCUUGGUGUCCCUGCGAGAGAAGGAGACAGCUCAGCUCGCCUUCUACCCACCUCACCCCAAUUACACGUGGCCUUUCGAUGACAUCAUCGUCUUCGCCUACUCCUGCGAGGCCGCUGGGGUCUCAGUGCACGUGUGCAAUGAGCACCGAUUUGGGUACAUGAACGUGGCAGUGCAACCCCAGCAGGGGCUGGAGGACGAGAAGGUCAACUUUGUCCACCUGAUCUUGGAAGCACUCGUGGACGGGCCCCCCAUGCAGGCCUCAGCUCACGUGUUUCGGCCCCCAAAGAGGCCCAGUAAGCUGGGGUUUGGUGAGGUCUUUGUCAUCGGCCUGGCCCGCAGGCCCCACCGGCGAGCCCGCAUGCUGAGCUCGCUCCGGGAGAUGGAGAUCUCUGGGCGCGUGGUGGACGCUGUGGACGGCCGGCUGCUCAACAGAAGUAUCCUCAGGACCCUGGGCGUGGACCUGCUCCCCGGCUAUCAGGACCCCUUCUCGGGCCGCACGCUGACCAAGGGGGAGGUGGGCUGCUUCCUCAGCCACUACUCCAUCUGGGAAGAGGUGGUGGCCAGGGGCCUGGCCCAGGUCCUGGUGUUUGAAGAUGAUGUGUACUUCAAAAGCAACUUCCGGGGGAGGUUGGAACAGCUGAUGCGGGACGUGGCGGCACAGAAGCUCCCGUGGGACCUCAUCUACCUGGGCCGGAAGCAGGUGAACCCCGAGGAGGAGCUGGCGGUGGAGGGGCUGCCUGGCCUGGUGGUGGCGGGGUAUUCCUACUGGACGCUGGCCUACGCCCUGAGCCUGGCUGGGGCCCGCAAGCUGCUGGCCUCGCAGCCUCUGCACCGCAUGCUGCCUGUGGACGAGUUUCUGCCCAUCAUGUCUGACCGGCACCCCAACGAGCAGUACAAGGCACACUUCUGGCCUCGGGACCUGCGGGCCUUCUCUGCCCAGCCCCUGCUCGCCACCCCCACCCACUACGCCGGGGACCGUGACUGGCUCAGUGACACAGAGACGUCCUCCCCUUGGGACGAUGACAGUGGCCGCAUCGUCAGCUGGACUGGCUCUCAGAAGUCCCUGCGUGGCCCCAGCCUGGGCCUGGCUGGCAGCAGUGGGAACAGCCUCCUCCCCCACCCCCGGGACGAGCUCUAGUCCCACCAGCUCCAAGCAAAAGCACCUGGAGCAGAGCGGCGGAUCACUGGCGGGAGCCACCAAGAGCCAGCAGAUACCUCGCUGUCGCCAACACAUUGACCACUCCGCCCUCCAUCCAAGAUGGAGCCAGCUGGCUGCCCAGUGGCGCACACCUGUAAUCCUAGCUACUCAGGAAGCUGGGGCCUGGAGGACUGGACAGAAAAGUGUGGGAGAUUCCUUCUCCAAUCAAAAAGCCAUGCUGAAGGCAUGGCUCAAGGGGUAGAGCACCAAGUGGGCGAACCACGUAGUGAGACCGUGAGGCUCAAUGGCCCCCAACCCUGUGGCCUGGGACCUCCUCAUCCUGUGUGAAGCCGGGUCGACCCCAGAGGCUGUGCUCCCUGAAAAUUCGGCCCCUGACCCCCUGUCUACCUCCACCUCUGCCUCAUCCCUGACUCUACAUCUGGGCCUCACCAGCACCCUCUUGGGUGAUGGGAAGAGCAGAGAGGUGGGUGCCGUGGGCCUGGUGCUUUGUUCCCAGCAGGCCCUCAAUAAAAGCCCGCUGUAUUUGCACCUUA